GAUCUACUCGUCAAUUCCGUGAAAAUUAGACGCCACCACCGGAAUUCGAACCCGGGACCUAUUGAACUAGAGUCAGAUGCGCUGACCACUAAGCCAACCUGGCCGGAAAGUAUCGAUGAAAAAUUGAAGGCACAAACAUCGUACGGAGAAAAACAAUUUUGGAUCGUUGGAAACAUUAGAGAUUAUGAAUUUCUUGGGGGAGAGUUUUUGACUGAAUACAUGGGCCCAGAUCCACCGGAGGGCAAAGGUUUACUUCGAUACGUAUUUUUAGUCUAUAGACAACCUGAUAAAAUACAAUUCAAGGAGAAAAAAAUAUCAGCUAAGUAAGUAGACAUCCGCUCAAGUUUUAAUUAUUUUUUCUAUGCAUAUAUGUAUAGGUA